CGUGUGCCGUACAUGUAAAGGAACAACAUCCCGAAGAAGAAGGUUUACACUGUAGCAAAUGUCCAAGGAUUUUUUAUGAUAUAUCCAGAUUAGAAAAACAUCUGCUGUCACACAAAGAUGAAUCGUUAAUGAAUAAUGUGCAUGAUCAGACGACCAACAGAUAUAAAAACAUUGGUAAAUUAUCAGAUAGGCAAUUUUCAUGUCAAGAGUGUGGAAAAAAAUUUGCUACCAGAAGUUCUCAGCAAAUACAGAUGAGGAUACAUACAGGCGAACGUCCUUAUGGGUGCAGUUUUUGUCACAAAGCUUUCACAGAUGGGGGUACUCUCAGAAAACACGAAAGGAUUCAUACUGGCGAGAAACCUUAUGCAUGCGUCAUUUGUCCCAAAGCUUUCAAUCAGAGGGUUGUCUUAAGGGAGCACAUCAGAUCCCUGAUCCAAGUUGUUCUGAUAGAUUUAAUAGUGCAUGUGAUUCAUCAUUGCGAUAUAAAUACUGCAAUGAAACGAAAACCCAAAGCCGGUCCCAGAAAAUACGUUCGCAGAUCCAAAUUGAAAAGCCAAAAGGUUCAAGAACAAGAUGACUAUGACUUUCAAGAGGAGAACGAAGAAGAUGAGCAUCAUCAGCAAAGCGGGACAAUGCCUAACUAUGAAAUAGACAUGGAUAUUAACCAGCCGCAGGACAUGAGAAACACUCUUUCGGAGCAUGAUUCUGUGGAAUAUGAGGACAUGUAUGUCGAUCAAGAAAUGUCACAUUCUUCAACGCCAAUUUUAGAAUUGCCUGAAAUGGAAAAUAGAGAAGAAUUGCGAGAUAAUACCUCAGUCGUUACUUCAAGGGCGAAAAUGAUACAUACUGAAAAAAAACCGAAGAAGAUUAAUCCAGUUGAAACUAGAGGAAGGAAAAAUAAAAAAAAUAUUAAGAAUAUCUUUGAGAAAAUCAAAUAUGGUGAUGCAGAAAUUACUGAAAAAACAAGAAAGUUGAAAGAAGAACAGAGUAUUGGUGAAUUUAGCUUCAAACAAGAAUUUGAACAGUGUGAACAACAAAUUGUAUAUGAAACACCUGAUUUAUUAUAUAUAUUCGCAGAACCCCUUGACCUUUUGGCUCAUGCUGAGGAGCAUGCUCGUGGUUUCGAAUACAGUUGCAUGGUUUGCUCAGAAAAUUUUAUAGAUGAAGAAACGUGUGCCGUACAUGUUAAAGAACAACAUCCCGAAAAAGAAGGUUUACACUGUCGCAAAUGUCCAAGGAUUUUUUAUGAUAUAUCCAGAUUAGAAAAACAUCUGCUGUCACACAAAGAUGAAUCGUUAAUGAAUAAUGUGCAUGAUCAGACGACCAACAGAUAUAAAAACAUUGGUAAAUUAUCAGAUCAGCAAUUUUCAUGUCAAGAGUGUGGAAAAAGAUUUGCUACCAGAAGUUCUCAGCAAAUACAUAUGAGGAUACAUACAGGCGAACGUCCUUAUGGGUGCAGUUUUUGUCACAAAGCUUUCACAGAUGAGGGUACUCUCAGAAAACACGAAAGGAUUCAUACUGGCGAGAAACCUUACGCAUGCGUCAUUUGUCCCAAAGCUUUCAAUCAGAGGGUUGUCUUAAGGGAGCACAUCAGAUCGCACCAUUCGGGCCCUGAUCCAAGUUGUUCUGAUAGUAUGACGCCGUUUCGUUGUACCAUCUACUCGGACAUGUUCUCCGAAUCCCAGGAUUUAAUAGUGCAUGUGAUUCAUCAUUGCGAUAUAAAUACUGCAAUGAAAAGAAAACCCAAAGCCGGUCCCAGAAAAUACGAUCGCAGAUCCAAAUUGAAAAGCCAAAAGGUUCAAGAACAAGAUGACUAUGACUUUCAAGAGGAGAACGAAGAAGAUGAGCAUCAUCGGCAAAGCGGGACAAUGCCCAACUAUGAAAUAGACAUGGAUAUUAACCAGCCGCAGGACAUGAGAAACACUCUUUCGGAGCAUGAUUCUGUGGAAUAUGAGGACAUGUAUGUCGAUCAAGAAAUGUCACAUUCUUCAACGCCAAUUUUAGAAUUGCCUGAAAUGGAAAAUAGAGAAGAAUUGCGAGAUAAUACCUCAGUCGUUACUUCAAGGGCGAAAAUGAUACAUACUGAAAAAAAACCGAAGAAGAUUAAUCCAUUUGAAACUAGAGGAAGGAAAAAUAAAAAAAAUAUUGUGAGAGAAUUUUUGGAAGGUGUCAGACCAAGAACGAAAAAUGUCACUUAUCCUGUUCAAGAACACAGCAAGCCAUCAAUAGCAACUUUUCCUCCCAGGAAUUCUCGAAAAAGAAGGAAAAACCCAAGAUUUCAGGAAGAACUUUAUUCUGACCAUACUGAAAGUUUGGAUGAUUUAGAAGAACAAAUUAAAGAUAAUGUUCCAGAAAAAAGGACUAGAAGAAUAUCUUUGAGAAAAUCAAAUAUUAACAUUGGUGAUGCAGAAAUUACUGAAAAAACAAGAAAGUUGAAAGAAGAACAGAGUAUUGGUGAAUUUAGCUUCAAACAAGAAUUUGAACAGUGUGAACAACAAAUUGUUUAUGAAACACCUGAUUUAUAUGAAAUUCCUGAAUUUCAUUCAGAAACAAUAGUUAAAGAUGAAGCUUCGGAAUAUGCAAAUAUAAUUAGUCCUUCGAAACCGGAAGAUAAGAGAGAUGUUGAAGUUCGGGAUUAUAGUGUGGAGUAUGAAAUUAUCGAUCCUCUUCUGGAAUUAGCAGAAAUAUCUAUGCAACAUGCUAAAAGCGUUAAUAAAUGCGAUAUGUGUAACUCUGUAUUUUUGGAAAAAUCGCAAUUAAUAAGUCAUGUCCAUAUACAUAUCUGAUAAUAUACAAUCUACAUCAUCUUCUGAAAGAAGCUAGGAGCAAUGGAAAAAAUUACAAAUCAACAGAAACAAGUUGAUUGUUGGAGUGUAGGAGGAGGUUUGAGUCAACGGAGCUAAGGACUCCAUUGGCAGAUGAAGUAUGGAGUUUUAGGACGGAAACUUUGUGAAGGAUAUUCUGAAGAAGUUCAAUUACAUUACAAUAAACUUAAUUU